UUUCAUCUGAACAGGUGUUUCCUCCUUUUCUCUGUACAGGUGUGACUUUUCUCUGUACAGGUGUUUCUUCUUCUCUGUACAGGUGUUUCUUCUUCUCUGUACAGGUGUUUCCUCCUUCUUUUCUCUGUACAGGUGUGACUUUUCUCUGUACAGGUGUUUCUUCUUCUCUGUACAGGUGUUUCUUCUUCUCUGUACAGGUGUUUCCUCCUUCUUUUCUCUGUACAGGUGUGACUUUUCUCUGUACAGGUGUUUCUUCUUCUCUGUACAGGUGUUUCUUCUCUGUACAGGUGUUUCCUCCUCCUUUUCUCUGUACAGGUGUUUCCUCCUUCUUUUCUCUGUACAGGUGUGACUUUUCUCUGUACAGGUGUUUCUUCUUCUCUGUACAGGUGUUUCUUCUUCUCUGUACAGGUGUUUCUUCUUCUCUGUACAGGUGUGUCUCUUCUCUGUACAGGUGUUUCCUCUUUUUCUUGAAAGGUUUUUUCCACUUACACAAAAAUGCUGUCCGACCUGUUACACAGUCACAUGCUCUGAUUGGACCCUGUUCUCCUAUUGGUUGACAGUCUGAAUGACCCUGAACACACCUGAAAGAUGUUAGACAGGUGAGUUUCAGUCGACACAGAACAGGAAUGAGUGAAGGAGGAUACUAGCUUUGGACUGACGCAGAGGAAAGAAGUAUCUUCAGGACGAUGGGUCAGGCUCACAGCUCCUCUCCUCAGGUGAUACUGAUGGGUUUGGACUCUGCUGGGAAGUCGACCCUGCUCGCUCGACUGCUGACAGGACAGGAGAUGGAAACAUCUCCAACCAUCGGAUUCAACGUAGGAACUUUGGACCUGGACAAGAAGACAUCUUUGACAGUGUGGGACGUCGGAGGACAGAAGAGCAUGAGACCAAACUGGAGGUACUUCCUGGACGACUGUAAGGCUCUGGUGUUCGUGGUGGACAGCACUGAUCGUGUUCGGAUGCACGAGGCUCAGAAAGUGUUGAAGAAGGUUCUGUGUGAUGAGAAGUUACGAGGGAUUCCUCUGAUGGUUCUGGCCAACAAGAAGGAUCUGCCAGACUCCAUGACCAUCCGAGAGAUUUCCAACCAGCUGGACCUGGACUCUCACAACGAGCGGCUGUGGGAGGUUCAGGCCUGCAGCGCUCUGAAGGGACUAGGACUCCAGCAGGCCUUCAUCUCUGUGCAUAAGAUGAUCAAGAAGAGCUGAGAGUAGGAGGAGGAGAGGAGGAGAGGAAGGAGGAGAGGAAGGAGGAGAGGAGAGGAGGAGAGGAAGGAGGAGAGGAAGGAGUG